AUGUCCAACCCAGCCUCCUACGAUUCGAAUCGGCGAUCGGCCAUAUUUGGUCGUACCCCUGAGGAGCUGCAUAUUCCCUCGACUGGGUUGAUCAAUCCAAAUCUAUCGCGUCAGCCCCUGUCACAAGACUACCCCACUACGCCCGAUGCAAGCGCCGCCGCCCAAGUGCCCUCGAUCAACGUCCACUCCUCGCAGUCGCAGCAACACCAGCUGCAGCAGCCGCCGCAGUACGGCGGAAACCCUGGAAAUUCCAGCAGCGCGCUUCCAGGAUCUCUCACACCUGGAAAUCAACACCGUCCGCCCGCAGUCUCGACCAAUACCGCUCCAUCCGUCAUUCCCACCCUUCAGCACCAGUCGCCCGCACAACAGGCCAGCCAUCGAACAAGCAUGAUCAACUCGCACGCUCACUCGCGAUCCAGCCCCGCCGGUUUCGAUCAGUCAGUAUACAAGCAGCACGGUGGCAUGGAAGGCUCCAAAUAUCCGUCCUCGCCUGGCGGAUACGCCCCCCAGACCCCGCAGGGCUCCAAGUAUUCGCCGCUGGGAUUGGCCGAUAUUCGACCUCCCGGGGAACACUUGCUGGGUGAUUCUCUGAUGAGCCCUGGAUCGCUCCCUUAUAAUGGAGAAACCCAGGUACCGACCAACAGCAACUACGUGGCACCAUGGCCUAUAUAUGCGGUUGAUUGGUGCAAAUGGCCCAUGACGGGAAGCUCCAGUUCCUUUGGAGGCAAAUUAGCUCUCGGGAGUUAUUUAGAAGACAACCAUAACUAUAUCCAAAUUAUCGACACACAUUGGACACAACCGGAUCCCGAUACCCCGGAUGCGCAAGCGGGUGAAAUCAAGCUCGAAUAUGUCAAGACCGCCGAGGCGACUCACUCUUAUCCCGUGACCCGUAUCCUCUGGGAACCUCCAUCAUCACAAAAGCAAUCAACCGAUUUAUUGGCCACGUCGGGCGACCACCUCCGUCUAUGGUCCCUUCCUAGCGCCCAACCCUUGCAGAGCUCCAAUUCCAUCACACGACCUACCAAUCAACGAGAAGCACCCCUUUCCAAGCUCUCCCCACUCGCUCUCCUGUCGAAUUCCAAAUCUCCUGAGCAUACGGCCCCUAUUACCUCGCUUGACUGGAACACAAUUUCCCCCAGCUUGAUCAUCACCUCGAGUAUUGAUACCACGUGUACCAUCUGGGACAUUCCGACCUUGACAGCGAAAACGCAGUUGAUUGCCCACGACAAGGAGGUUUAUGACGUUCGCUUCUGUGCAAACAGUGUCGAUGUCUUCGUCAGCUGUGGUGCCGAUGGCAGCGUCCGCAUGUUUGAUUUGCGAAGCCUCGAGCACAGCACCAUCAUUUAUGAGCCAACAGAUAAGACAGAAAAGCCUGUGAUGAGUCCUGGCAACUCUAGCCCAUCUGGCCCAUCAUCAUCCGGGCUGUUCCCUCCUCCUUUGUUGAGGAUCGCAGCAUCCCCGCACGAUGCGCAUCUCCUGGCCACAUUCUCCUCGGAAUCGAAUGUGGUCCGCGUUCUGGAUGUACGCCAGCCCGGCCAAGCGCUUCUCGAACUAAAGGGCCACUCCGCUCCCCUCAACUGCGUCGAGUGGUCACCAAAUCGACGGGGUAUAUUGGCUUCUGGCGGCGACGAUAGUCUCGUUCUCAUCUGGGAUCUCAUCAACCAACAGAAUGCCGCACCCAUUCCUCCUCCCACACAGACUCCCGGGACACCAGCCACCCCGUCCGAGCGCGGACCGGCUGCCGCUUGGCAAUGUGAUUACGAAGUCUCUAAUAUCAGUUGGUCCCCACAAAGCGGAACCAACCCAUCCGGCAGCCCACGGGAAUGGCUUGGAGUUUGCGGUGGACGCGGUAUCUGGGGUGUAUCUCUAUAA